UGUUUUCUGACACCUAGAUCACAGCUAUGGGUGAGUCUUCCCCGUUCCGUAAGCGGCUGAUCCGCUGGUUAGAGGACAAUCGCGGUUUCAUCAUCCUGGUCUUCUGUCUACCUGCCAGCUUCUUAUUCGACACCUGUCUGCAGCUCAGGAACUGGUUCCGUCGGACAUUCCUCUCUGCUCCAGAGAAGCAUGAUGAACGCGUACGCGACAUCCAGCGGCGAAUCCGGCGGUGGGGCGACCAGCCGAAGGACAAGAGGAAACCCAUGUGCACGUCACGCCCAAACUGGCUCAGUCUCUCUACAACGUUCUUCCAGAAGGACCAGUGUGAGAAGAUCCCAGUGGACCUGUACAACAUCUUGUCCCUGGACGAGGAGCGGCAGGUGGUUCGGGUGGAGCCGAUGGUUUCGGUUGGGGACAUCACACGCUACCUCAUCCCUCGGGGAUACACCUUGGCCGUUACCUUGGAGAUUGCGGAUGCGACUUGCGGAGGUUUGGGGCUAGGCGUCGGCAUGACAACAUACUCACACAGGGUGGGCUUCUACCAGGAGGCUGUGGAAUCAUGGGACGUGUUGCUAGGCGACGGCUCGCUCGUGCACGCCACAAAGGACAACGAACACUCUGACCUGUACUACGCUUUGCCCUGGUCCCAUGGUUCUCUGGGGCUGUUGGUGGCCAUGGAGCUCAAAAUCAUACCUGUCAAGCCUUAUCUUAAGCUGAAGUACAUCCCCGUCCAUGGUCAGAAGGCCUACUGUGACAUGAUGAGGGACCUCUCAGGGGCCUUGGACAAGACGGCAAAGUUGCCAGACUACCUGGAGGCCACAGUGUUCUCUAAGGACGAGGCUGUUGUGAUGGUCGGGAACUUCACUGAUGUCACCGACCCCAAGGAGAAGGCUAAGAUCAACCAUGUGGCCAGCUGGUACAAACCCUGGUUCUACAAGCACGUGGAGACCUUCCUACAGAAGGGAGAGGACUAUGAGUACAUCCCUCUGCGGGAGUACCUGCUGAGGCACAACCGAGCCAUCUUCUGGGUCGUGGAGUCCAUGAUUCCCUUCGGAAACAACCCCAUCUUCAGGCUGCUGUUUGGCUGGCUGUUGCCCCCCAAGCCUGCCUUCCUCAAGUUCACCACCACCCCAGGGGUCAGGGCCAUGACCUUUGCUAAACAGGUGUUCCAGGACAUAGUCCUGCCCAUGACAGUACUGGAGAAGUCCGUUGACCGAGCUGAACAGCUAUUUGACACCUAUCCCAUCCUGAUCUAUCCCUGCCGUAUCUACGACCACGGCCCGGCCAUGGGGCAGCUGCGCCCUCCGAGGAAGGACCAGAUGUGCCCGGGGACAAACUACGGCAUGUUCUAUGACCUUGGUGUGUACGGAGUUCCGGGUCCGGUGAAGCGUCGCGAACGCUAUGAUCCCGUCCACGCCAUGCGCAGUAUGGAGAAGUAAGCUUCUUCAGAAUCUUU